UUCACUUGACAAUCACUUGUGGAGGGUGUUUGGUAUACUACUACUUCUUCUCAGGAGGCCCCCAAAGUUCCGUUGCACUACCGCACCCAUCUUAUCUUGAAAACACGCACAGACUAUUAUUGCAGUAGCUUCAGAGGACUGGCGGCGAGGCCAGAAGUAUACCGGGUUGACCCAGGCAUGGCGGCGGACUCCACCAGCAGCAAGAUCUGGCAAGAGCUGCGCAAGCUCAGAGACGACACCCCCCCGCCGGUUGACAACAAUACCAACAGCAACAAUGGAGACCAGGAGAGUUCUGCCUGCUACAAAGACUUCGCAGCGUUUGCGGCUUGCAACGAGGUUCGGGUCGCAAUCGGACGCUCCUCCGCACUCCCCCGAGACCAAUUCCUCGCGAUCUUCACGCAGCUCGUGGCCGGGCCCCGACUAGACGAACUCCUUGACCUUUUCAAGCUCAGUCGGAGUCCUCCCCACCCAGCCCUGCAGUACGCCUGCCUUGUCGCCCUACACGGCGUCGCCGAGCUCAGCGACAGGCGCAAGGACCUGCUCACACGGCCCGACGUGGUCAAAGAGCUUUGCGCGGUGAUGGCGUCUCCUCGACAACGGUUGGUCACGCCCACGUCAGCGGGUGCAGGCGGGGUAGAGAUUGUCAACACGGCGGCCGGUGCGGUCACUACAAUUACCGGGCUCUUCACUUCUAACGGACCGCUGGAGCCCCCCUAUGCGAAGCUCUGGGUGGAACUAGGAGCCGUCUCAGCUCUAGCCUCUUGCCUGGAGAACCACGCGGUGUUCGACCGCUCAAACCCCGUUUCUAGCGACCUCCCAUUGUGCUUCUUCCUGAUCGCCACGUCGUUGCUCGCGGGAGCGGCGGACUCCGUCUCCGAGGAGGACAAGCUCAGACUCGGGAAGGCUUGGCUCACGGUCUUUUUGGAGGCCACGAGGUGGAUCGCUGACGAGGCGGCGGACCUGCUCGCAGACUUUUACACCCGUCCCAACUGGCUGAAAAAUAUCGUAGGACGUAUGCCCGAAAAGCUGAGGGCGAGCGCAGUGGCGGCUGCGCGGGAGUGCGAGCGGGAGGGGACCGGGAGCGGAAGUAGUUCCUGGAAGGGUGGCAAGACCGACCGCCUUGCUCUGGCUCUGCUGUGCGGCAACGCGUACAACUGGGACGCGAAGGGCGAGCUGGUGGGGAGAAGAUGUGCGGGGCCUCGGUGCGAUCGGGUGCAAAAGUGCGACCAUGGUGGCGGCAACCCUCAUCUUGCUGCUAGUGGGGAUGAGGGCGGAGAUGGCACCGCCAGUGUGGCAUUCAAGCGGUGUUCGCAGUGCCACGCCGUAGGUUACUGCUCCCGGGAAUGCCAGAAGGCGGGCUGGAAGAAACACCGGAAGGCUUGCUUGGCGGUGAACUCUUGAAGACCUCUUGGCCCCACGAAAUGGUGUUUUUCUGUUCCCUCCAAGCGAUAGAAUUGUUCCGAAUGAUAUGACCCAGCCAUGGCUUCAAGCGAAUGUCGUCCUUUUUCACAUAUGUUGGCACCCAACCUCUGUUCACACUACCGCCUUGGUUGCUUGACGUCCAUGUGCGUGGUGACGGCAGCGAUCUUUACAACGGAGGCGUUUCGUGUGUCGAGCUCUUGGGGAAGAGCUUCCAUCGACCGCAUCACAGCCACCGGCCCUUGCAGUCCCCCGGUUUGGGUCCUUUUCGGACUGAGAACGAACGAAAGCCAUGUGUUCGGAAGGUGUGGUUCCCCUCCUCAUUUUGUUUUCACUUUAUGUUGCCGUUUUUUAGACAACAUAUUACUUGUGCGCCUGCAGCAUGUCCUCUACAGGGCCCGCAUGGCUAGCGCGACAAAUUCCAACUCCUCUACGUUGUACAAUAAGUAAUUCAAAUGCCACCUACAACCACACAGGCCAACCACAAGUCAUCAAAGUUUGAUGUGCACCCCGCAUCGCACAUCCAAACUAUUUUCACCAUUUACAGCCCCGGGUAGUAUUCAAGAAGAUCAUGACCGCUGUCGGGCUUGCCCAACACUG